ACGAGAACGCCCAUUGGGUGUUCUCGUAACGUUUGGUGGACCAAUCGCGAAUAAUUUCGCGAGGCAUUGUGGGAAGGAUGCAAUUUCCCCUCCCAAUUUGACCAACUUGUUUUUUCUCUGAGAACGUGGGGGGGGGGGGUGGAGAAAGUAGUCAAUCGAGGAGAGCUCAUGUCGCGACACGCGUCGGUUUUGCCGAGCGGCCGCAAGCCCCGGGCCGCAAAAUGUGAAGAGCGAGGAUGCCCGCUUCUCCACUGCCCCUUUUGCCCGCUUUAUCAGGGGGAUUACUCAAAAGUGGAGACAGAUUUACAGUCGCAUCUGAAAACAGUGGUGCAGCACGGAGACUUGGUGAUGUAUACCUGCAAAUGGGGAUGCAGAAAAGAGUCCCACUACCACUGCUGCGGUUGCACUCUCCCCUUUCCGAGGAAAGAGCAGCUGCUGAGACACCUCAGCGGGUGCCCGCGCCCUCCAACGGCUUUGGCACCUCGAGCCUCAGAAGGCCAGCUUCGGCCACCCGAGCGAUCGGCUGGCCUACGUUUGAGGGUGAAAAAGUGCGAGACUUUUGGAUUGGCAGCGAACAUGGAGGCCGUGGAAAGUGGCGACGCACGUCAACAUGCGGCCGCCGAUGAAGUGCGACUUGCGGAAACAGAAGAGACAGGCGCUGAACCUCCUGCCGGUCUUGGAUGUUCCCUCCCGAACCGAAUGGACGAGGACAAGUUUGAACUUAAAAUGGAGACUCCCCUGGUCCCGUGUCGCAUGGAGGCCUUGAACGCCUCGCCGUCCCACUCAGAAGACGAGACCGAGGAAGGAGGCCCGGCUAGCGAAAAGGACGACGACGACCUGGACGAGGAGGAAGAGAUGGCCGCCGCUCCGGCGCCGGCCAGGGACUCUGACUCGGAGGAGAACGUCGGCAGGGGCUUGCGUUUCGCCUCUUUCAGCCUUGACGAGAUGAUGGAUAUCGGUACUGUGGAUCAGCAGGAACAGGAAGCUCAGAUGAACACGGAGGAUAAUAACGGCGGCACAGAAUUGGAGGAAGAGGAGGCAGAAAUCGAGCCGGACGCUGACCCGAAACCCAGCUUGGACGUCAAAGUGGCUGAAGAAAUGGACGAGGAGAAAGAGGUGGCGGAGGAGGAGAAGGAGAAAGAGGUGGCGGAGGAGGAGAAGGAGAAAGAGGUGGCGGAGGAGGAGAAGGAGAAAGAGGUGGCGGAGGAGGAGAAGGAGAAAAAGGUGGCAGAGGAGGAGGAGAAGGAGAAAAAGGUGGCAGAGGAGGAGGAGAAGGAGAAAGAGGUGGCGGAGGAGGAGGAGAAGGAGAAAGAGGUGGCGGAGGAGAAGGAGAAAGAGGUGGCGGAGGAGAAGGAGAAAGAGGUGGCGGAGGAGGAGAAGGAGAAAGAGGUGGCGGAGGAGAAGGAGGAGGAGGAGGAGAAAGAGGUGGAGGAGGCGAAAGAGGAGAAAGAGGAAGUGCCUUUCUACGCCACCCGCUCCAAAAGCAAAGCUGCAACAACGUCCGCCGACAUGACCAACGGGAUGAAAGUGGUCAAACUCUCCGCGUCCAGCUCGUCUUCGUCGUCUUCGCCGCCUCUCGUCAAAAUCAAAGACGAGCCCGUGGACGAGGAGUACGAGGUGGCCCUCGUGUCCGGGGCCGCCGCUGUGAAGGACGAACCCGACGACGCCAAGGAAGAGGAGGACUUGCAGAUCGAAUCCGUGUAUUCCGUGACCCCGGACGGCGACGGCCGGAGGCAACGGGGAGUCCGGCCGUCGACGACUUUGAACAUGUCGUGCGCGCACUGCCGGACGGGGCUGCUCAAAGGGCAGACGGCCUACCAGCGCAAAGGCUCGCCGGCGCUCUUCUGCUCCACCGGCUGCCUCACCUCUUCGCUCAGCUCGUCCAAAAGCACCAAGAACUGCUACCGCUGCCAAAAGCGCAUAUCCCGCCCUCAGGACGUCAUCCUGUCUCCCGACGCGGACGGCGUGUCCAGGGGCUUCUGCAGCGAGACGUGUCUGAGCGCGUUCAACCUGAAGAAAAGCUCCGUCAAAGCGCUCGUUCCUUCCGACGACAAACUGCAGUCACCGUGCAGCAUGUGCGCCAAACACGGCAUCAGCAAGCACGAGGUGAUCCUGAGCGGCACCGUUCACAAUAUGUGCAGCGACUCGUGCUUCCAGCGCUUCCGCACCGCCAACCGGCUGACCAUGGCGGGCUGCGCCAACUGCGCCACCAUCUGCCACGUGAGGCCGCUGCUGCUCAAGAUGGAGGGCAGCAGCAAGACCCUGUGCAACCUCGACUGUCUCAUCAAGUACAAAAAGAAAGUGAAGACGAGUCUGCCGUGCGCCAUGUGUCGCGCCCUGCGGCCUCUCGCCGACAUGGUCCACAACAAAAGCACAGACGACUCCGUCAGCCUCUUCUGCAGCAGCAGCUGCGUCAUGGCCUUCAUGGUCCAGACUGUCAGCUCCUCAGGCGCACAGUUGAACUGCGACAACUGCGGCAAGCGCACUCUGCCGGCGUACCACCUGGCCAUGUCCGACACCACCAUCAGGAACUUCUGCACGCUGUCGUGCGUCAUGACCUUCCAGGAGAAGUUCAAGGUGAAGCAGAAGCAGGCGACCAUUUUCCCCAAGCUGCCGGUGGCGUCCGGGCAGGAGCAGAGCGGCGCGCAGACGCAAGGAGCCGCGCCCGCGCUCUGCUGCGCCCAGUGCGCCCGCCAGAUGACGACCAAGCCCGACGUCAUCCAUGUUAAGGACAAGGUGGUGUUUGUGUGCGGCUGGAGCUGCGCCCUGGAGUUCAAGACCAGCAAAAACGUGAGCGCCAAGUGCGAGUACUGCAAGCUGGACAAGAUCAGCCGAGAGGUGAAGCGCAUCGACGGCAGGGACCGCUCCUUCUGCAGCCACGGCUGCAAGCUGCUGUACGAGCACGACCUGGACAAGCGCUGGGGCAAGCACUGUAAGUCGUGCUCGUACUGCCAGUGCGUCUCCCGGAAGCUGGAGAAGGCGCUCUACGGCGAGUCCAGCGAGGAGUUCUGCUCCGAGGAGUGCAGGUCCAACUACACCAUGCUCUUCUGCCAUGUUGCAAAGUGCGCCUCGUGUGGCCGGAAAGGCAAACUGAAGCACAGUCUUUUCGUGCUGGGAGAGGUGCGCAACUUCUGCGACUUGCCGUGUCUGUUCCACUUCUGCAACCUCUUGGUCACGACGCAGGGGGACGUCUUCCCGCCAGACUCGCCCGUCAUCGCCAACGUGGUCUCGCUCGCGGACCAGGCCGGCCCCGCCGCCGCCGACAAGCCCGCCAAGCAACAAGUGGGAGACUAUGAAAUGACUUUGAGGAAACGAAAAGAGGACUCUCACGCUCGCACAGUUCCCCGAAUAAGAGGCGCUGACUCGCAAACUACAGACGCUGACGUAGUCCUUAUUAGCGCCAAACCGGCGAAGAAAGCGACAUCUUCCGCCACCUCCACGGCGCCCAGCACUACGAAAAGCAUGAAGAACAAGGCUCUGCUGUGCAAGCCGCUGGUGCAGAACAAGGGCGUCUCUUGUCGCACGCAGACGCUCGACGUGGAGGCGCAGACGGAUGUGUCCAUACCGAAGAUCAUGGUCCUGCCCGUUCCUGUGCCGGUGUACGUGCCCGUGCCCAUGAGCCUGUACAGCCAGUGCACCCCCAAGCCCGUGGGCGUGCCCCUACCCCUUCCCGUGCCCGUCUUCCUGCCCGUGAACAUGGACAACGCCGACCGCAUCGUGAAUACCAUCAAGAAGAUCAAGGACAAGUACCCGGAGGACCCGUUCGAGGCCGAGGUCGUCCUCAUGGCCGAGAUGGUGUCCGAGACAAACGGUGGCGCGGACCAAGAGACGGAGACGCGUCCCGGAGCUGCUGCCGGUGGAGAGGCGAUGAGCGCCUACAGCGACGACCUGAACACGGACGACCUGGCCAACCUGCUGAACAGUUGGGACGAGCCCAGCGCUCCUCCGCCGGCCAUGGACAUCGAAGCAGACUUCCCCGUCGAAACCCUGGAGAGGAUGGCCUUGCUGCGAGAGCAGUCGUCCCCGCCGGCCAGCCCUACGCCCACCGGCUCGCGAAAACGCCAAGCAUCGCGGAAAACCAGAGAGACGAGGGGUCGGAAAAGGUCCAGCAAGGGCACAAAAGGAUCUGCCGCAAAGAGCUCCGUCCCCAAAGUGCCGAAGCUGAAGAGCGAGUACGGCGUGGACGCCUGGAAGCGGUGGAUCCGCUGGAGGGACACUCAGCCCGACGUGGAGACGCCGCGUAUCGGAAUGCGCCCCCUGGUGCCGAAAGAAGACCUCCUCCGCUGCACCACGGCCGAGCUGAGCUACGGCCUCUGCCGCUUCAUCGGCGAGGUCGAGCGGCCCUCCGGCGAGCGCUACUCGGCCGACAGCCUCUUCUACCUCUGCCUCGGCAUCCAGCAGCACUUGUUUGAGAACGGCCGCGUGGAGAACAUUUUCACCGACGGCUUCUACUGCAAGUUCUCCACUGACUUCACCAACAUGCUCAGAGGCUUCCAGCCUUCCCUCACGACCAGCGGUUACGUUCACUCGCGUGUGGAGGAGGAGUUCCUGUGGGACUGCAAGCAGCUGGGCGUGUACUCCCCCAUCGUGCUGCUCAACACGCUGCUCUACUUCUUCUGCAAGAACUUCGGCUUCACCACCCCCGAGCAGCACCGCCAGCUCUCCUUCGCCCACGUCAUGCGCUGCACCAAAACGGGCCAGGGCAACAAAAAGACCACCUUCCUGCGCUUCUACCCGCCCAUCGCGCCCAACGACGGCGAGCCAGAUGUGGACGGCGUUCCGGCAAAGAGGCGAAGGGAGGAGGAUGAGGAGGAGAUGAAAGAGGAGAAGAUCCUGGAGAUGAAGGAGAACACGGACAAUCCUCUGCGCUGUCCCGUGCGGCUCUACGAGUUCUACCUGUCAAAGUGCUCUGAGACGGUGAAGCAGCGCACCGACGUGUUCUACCUGCUGCCCGAGCGCUGCUGCGUGCCCAACAGCCCGCUGUGGUUCUCGGCCACGCCGCUGGACGAGGACACCAAGGAGGCCAUGCUCACCCGCAUCCUCGCCGUGCGCCAGCUGCACGUGGCCACCAGGCAGCAGACGCUCGACCCCGAAGAAGACGAGGACGUGCGGCGGCCGCACGCGCCCACCAGGCAGCGGACUGUCGCCCCCGAAGACAACGAGGACGGCGGCGGCAGCGAGGACGACGACGGCGGCGGCGGCGGCGGCGACGACGACGACGACGCCGACGACGACGACGACCCCAAUGACCCCAACGACCCCGACUGGCAAUGACCGGCCAGCGAACUUUUAGCGUGGACUUCAAAGAGAAAUUGUGUUCAGAGGAAUUCGCAGGACGGCCGCCGUCCCUUCCGCGCUGUCUUCUCACAGACGCUCCUGUGCGGGACGCCACAGGCUUUGUCGAACCAGCACAGGAGCUCGUGAGCGCCGUCCUUCUCGCCCAUGCGGACGCAGUCCUCACCGACCUCGCCGCCGCCGUCCCCCGACCAGUUGUCAGGCUCGUUCCUGGCCCAGAAGCUCAAGCUGAGCACACGCAAAUGACAACGUUUGAAUCAAAAGAAAAGACCAUCAUGUUGAGCGCAAACGGAUGCGGAACCUCGGGUCCAGAGGCGAGCCGUCCGCCCAAAGCCAUCGACCCUCCUGCUUGGAGUCCGUCAAGCCGAUCCAGAACUUGUCUUCCUGGAAGCUCAUUUUGUCCCUCAGUCUCCUCUCCACAAAGCUCUAAUCACAUUUGACAAAGUGCGGCUGUGAGAUCGCACACUGGGAAAAGUGGGGGUGUUGAAACAGCCACAUUCUUGCGAGAUGAAAAGUGUGACGAAAUUCAGUUUCUUGUGAUGUAGGAAAGGUGUCAUGAAAUGUGUUAGUUUGUUCAACUUAAAUGACUUUAGCUUGUAGCUUAGCUUAGCCGCCGCGUUUGCAAAGGAAUUGCUCUGGUCGCUUGUUGCCAGGCAGAACUUGUGGGCUUAAAUCAGUUUUGCCAGGCGCUGCAAAAAGGCCGUCAUAAGACUCGUCGCACCUGCUCGUCGCGACUGUCGAUCUUCACCAGGUUGCCAUUCUGAAGCUGGCAAAUUCUUCUGCUCCGUUCCCAGGUGUCCUGGGUGGUCGAGAACCGGUAGCAGCUUUCUCCGUUAAGCUCCCAACCUGAGUCGCAACUCCUGCAGACGCCGUCCUUUUGGAAGACUCCACAAAGACUUUGUGGUAAACACUGGUGAGCUCAAAAUGCUAACGACACACCCGCUAAUGUGAGGGCCAAAACCUCUGCUGUCUUCUGACUACUUAAAAAAUCAACAGGCAUGCUGCUGCUGCUAGCUUAUUAGCCAACAUGCUAACAUUAAGCUACUGACAUGAGGCCUAUCCGUGGCACUACGAAGCUUAGCUGGGCUAAACUAACGAGGCUAGCUAUAUGCGAAACCGAUAGCUGCUUAAUAAAGUAAGCAAGUGCCGUACAUACGCAGUAAAGCGUUUUAACUCACUCUGGCCGUCUGACUGACUGGCUUUCCACACCUCGGGUUCAGCCUUCAGUCUUUGGAGGUUCUUCCUGCUCUGAACGUUCUGGUAAGCUGCAAGAAAGGAGGCGGCCAUGAUGAAUAAAUGAUGCGCCUUAAUAUGCUAAACUGCUUGAUAACGAAACAAAAACUCACAGAUGUAACAAAGAGCAACAAGCGCGAGCACCAGGAGCACACACACUACCACAAAGGCCACUCUCUCCGUCGUCAACUUUGACCUCACUGGCUUGGCACCUGUGACAGGACCCAUAAAACAUACAUAAACAAAUACGCACUUAAUUGUGCACUGCAUCUCUCUCACACACACACAAACACACACACACACUCACUAACAUACUCAUUUUCCAGCAUUGGUGUCCCACAGGGUUCAAUUUUAGAUCCCCUUGUCUUUCAUGUAAAUGUACUGUAUAUAUUUUUAUCUCUAGUUCUGUCUGGGCAGCAUAAUCACUUUUUUAACAUUUGUAAUUAAUUUUAAAAUCUUUUUGUUAAAUCCUGUU